AUGGCUAAAUAUGAAUGUAACCACCAUAUGAAACAAUUCUUAAAUGAAUUACCAAAAUGUGAACAUCAUUUACAUCUUGAAGGUACAUUAGAACCAAAUUUAUUAUUCCCAUUAGCUAAAAGAAAUAAUAUUAAAUUACCAUCAAAUUUCCCCAAGACAGUUGAAGAAUUAAAUGAACGCUAUAAACAAUUUAAAGAUUUACAAGAUUUCUUAGAUUAUUAUUAUAUUGGUUGUAAUGUCUUAAUUAAUGAAGAAGAUUUUUUCGAUUUAGCUUGGGCUUAUUUCACAAAGGCUCAUCAAGAUGGUACAUGGCAUUCAGAAACUUUUUUUGAUCCUCAAUCUCAUACUGAACGUGGAAUUAAAAUCGAAACUGUUGUUAAUGGGUUCAAAAGGGCAAGUUUAAAAGCUCAACAAGAAUAUGGAAUGUCAACUAAUCUUAUCAUGUGUUUAUUAAGACAUUUACCUUCAAAUGAUGGUUUAAAAACAAUUGAUAGUGCAACUGAAUUUUUGAAAGAUGGUUCUAUCAAAGCUCUUGGUUUAGAUAGUGCAGAAAAACCAUUCCCACCUGAAUUAUUCAUUAAUUGUUAUUCAAAAGUUAAAGAAAUUAAUCCAGAUUUAGAAUUAACUGCACAUGCAGGAGAAGAAGGUGAUUCAAAUUAUGUUAUUACAGCAUUAGAUGAAUUAAAAGUUACAAGAAUUGAUCAUGGUGUUAAUUCAAUUCAAGAUCCAAAAUUAAUGGAAAGAUUAGCUUCUGAAAAAACAAUGUUAACAAUUUGUCCUUUAUCAAAUGUUAAAUUAAAUGUUGUUAAAGAUGUUUCUGAAAUUCCAUUAAAUGAAUUCUUGGAUGCCCAGGUUCCAUUUAGUUUAAAUUCUGAUGAUCCUGCAUAUUUUGGUGGUUAUAUUUUGGAUAAUUAUAUUACUGUUCAUACAAGAUUUGGUUGGUCUUUAGAAACUUGGGUUAAAGUUGCUAAAAAUGGGGUUGAAGGUUCAUGGAUUUCAAAAGAACGUAAAAUUGAGAUUAAUAAUGCGAUUGAUGAAACUUACAAUAAAUUUAAACCAUUAGUUUGA